AUGGAUCGAGCAGCAUCACGGCCGUUCCCACGCCGACCUGUCCAGUGGAAUCGUCCAAUGACAAGACGGAACCCCGAGAUCUCCCGCAUUGAUUUACACACCAAAGACCAAAGACGCUUUGAAGAUGAAGGAACAAACCCUAGUCUCCUCUCCACCUUCCUCAAUAUCCCUGACUAUUCACCUCGGCUUGAGUACGAGUUGCCAGUCUUCCAAAAUGUUCUCGACGAAACGAUCUUGAGAAGAAUCUGCGAAGGCAAUUUCGAAAUGCCAAGUAACUUGGCAGCAUGGCUUCAUGAUCGAGAUCUCUCAAACAAACCAAGGAGUUAUAAUGGAUCGCUCUCACUUUUAGAUUUCGAUCGCCACCUCGAUUCACAGCCAAUCGGUAAAAAGGACAUUUCAAAUGCUGAUACCCGCAAGAUCUGUAUCAACAACCCCUGUCAAUGGACACUUGGAGUUCUAGCUGUCAGAGCCCCUGAUCACCAAGCCCCAGUCAUCAGAGACUUCAUGUUCAAGCAUCUCACAGCCAAAACAUCCAUCGGCCUUGACACUGUGGUGAGACCAUUCCCAAGAAUUCAUAAGACAUAUCUUUUCGUGUUGCUCACGGCAAUAAACAGAUUGACGGUGGCUUCACUCUGGAGUUCCACUUGGCUUACCCCGUCUGGAAAAGGGAACCCUCUCCACGAAGAGAUCAGCGUGUUACUGGGGACGGUCUACCUUUACGCAACAAUCGGCCUCAUGGAUUCUUACUUUGAAGACGAUAGCGACCCGAACAACGAGUACUUGCUACCGUUUUAUGUCGCCGACCCAUAUCCUGACCCAGAUAUGACUAGUUGCGAACUUGACGCACUUAGCAUUGCAAAUUUAACAGCUGACAAUGUGUCGGUCACGGAUCCGCGUGAAUACUUUCUUUUGGUAGUAAAGUUUCACGUCGCAAGGAUCACUCAGCAUUGGAUGAAUGUCCUUUUUAAGCUGAAAGACAUGAUUGACGAAUAUCUCUCUAGUCCGCACAUACCUUUGACUCGGAGAGAGUCCUCACUUGGCACCAUGCGAGGUGAAUCGUACGCCAUUGAAGCAAGUGAGGCAUGGCUUGGACAAACUAGUGACCUUGUUAUCCAAUGGAUUCUCCUUCUCACUAAGACAAUCAAGGCAUGGAAUAAGUUUUUCGACCAGGACGCCAGCCGUAUCGUGUGUCAAUCGAGCGAAGAUGGACUCAAUCACAUGAAUGACUCACUCUACGAGAUCAGUCGAUCUCUAGAUGAACUUAUGGCGAUCCGAGAAGAAAUGGAGGAACUUAAAGUCAAAGUCGAAAGGUUCGAAAAGAAACUCGGUCUCCAUGUUGCAGUCGGGGAUAACCGCGCAAUCGUCCUGCAAUACUGGAACGUCACAAUAUUGCAGUUCAUAUCGCCUUUCGCCGUGGCAGGGACCAUUAUGCAGGCUGGUCUUGUUUUUGGGCAUCCUGUGUUGUGUUUCACAGUCUUGGCGUCGGCUGUGGCUUUCAUCAUGUGGGCAUUGAAGCCAACCUUGACUUGGCUUGCCAGGAAGGCUCGGCUCGAGGAAGCGAACAACAUCGUCCCACAACAGAUCAUACAGGGACUGCAGCUCGAGAAUGGAGUGCAGACUACAUCCUAUUCAUUACCGACACGCCCAACAAUGGCUUACCAUAGAUUUCAGGGCGUGUCUAUUGAUAAAUCCAGUCAGGUCAUGUAG